GAGGUCUUGGAUAGUAACACACGACUCGUCGUUUUCACGUUUUUAAAUGGUGGGAUCCCCAUCCCGUGUGGACCCACACAGCUCGUGACCGCCUAGCCGCGUGCAUCUUCGCCUAGCCCACUAAGGGCCCAAUUCGUCAAUAACAGGCAAAGAGGGAAAAGCCAGGGUCACUUUGUAAGAGGAUGAAGCUAAGCCUCACUCCAAAACUCUCCACCUUCCUUAAACCCUCCUCCGCCCUUCCUCCUACUCAUCUCCGCCGCUCCAUUUCCUCUUCCUCACUCUCACUCUCACCACCGCCACCACAACCAACUUCUCCAAAACCCAAAACCCCUCUCUUUCUCCGACCACCCAUCCACCCCGCCACCGCCUCAGACCUCCAGCAAUGGCACCACUGGGCCAAGACCCUCGCUUCCUCAGUUGGGUCCUCCUUCGCCGACUCCGACAACGGCCCCGACUCCACCCUCUUGCUCAGAGAGCUCAAAUGGCUCGUAGAUGACGCAGUUCAUCAAGAAAAGCUCGAAAACGGUGAAGGAAAUAUUAGACUGAGAGUGAGCCUGGAGGAGAUGUACUUGCUGUGGAAGCAGAGGAUUGAAGAGAGGAGGCCUUUUCAGUAUGUUGUGGGGUGUCAGCAUUGGAGGGAGCUGGUGCUGUGUGUUCAAGAAGGGGUGUUGAUUCCGAGGCCGGAGACUGAGCUGGUUGUGGAUUUGGUGGGUGAGGCGGUGGAGGGGAAUGAGGGUUUAAGGGAGGGUUUGUGGGCUGAUUUGGGUACUGGGAGUGGGGCCAUUGCUAUUGGGAUUGCCAGGGUUUUGGGUAGUUGUGGAAGAGUUUUUGCUACUGAUUUGAGUCCUGUUGCGGUUUCGGUUGCCAGGUUUAAUGUGGAGAGGUACGGUUUGCAGGAUGUGGUGGAGGUGAGGCAAGGGUCUUGGUUUGAGCCAUUAAAAGAUGUGGAAGGUAAGCUUGCUGGGUUUGUAAGUAAUCCGCCGUACAUACCAAGUGACAAUAUCUCGGGGCUGCAAGCUGAGGUUGGAAGACAUGAACCCAGAGUAGCAUUGGAUGGUGGUGUUGAUGGCAUGGAUGAUCUUUUACAUCUUUGCAGAGGGGCUGCUUCCAUGUUGAGACCUGGUGGAUUUUUUGCUCUUGAGACAAAUGGUGAGAGCCAAUGCAAGUAUCUUGUGGAUUACAUGGAAAAUGAGGCUAGAGGCAGCUUUUGUAAUUUGAGCAUAAUUCCUGAUUUUGCUGGUAUUCAUAGAUUUGUUACCGGAUUCCGUAAGUAAUUCCGGAUUCCUGUGUUGGCCUUCAAGAGUUAAACAAGAAGUAAUCGAAAGUGUUGACAUCUAGCAAACGUACGAGGGUGAAGUACAACUCUACAAAAGAGUAAUCUGGACUUCGUGUAUUCUUGUGCUACAUCAUUUUAAAAUUAAAUGCAAUUUGAAGAAGCAGCACAAUCUGAACGUGUGAACAGUUGGAAAAUGUUGUUUUUUUAUUUUUUAUUUUUUAGAAAAUAGCAAAUAGCAGAUGGUACUAGUGACAGUAGUGAGGUAGUGAUGUGUACCAAUUUUUUAUUGGAUUGAAAGAAUGGAAUCAUCAAAUUUUG